AUUACGUCAUCGAAAGUGCUGGAAGCAUUCUGGCAUUUAAAAAAAUGUAAUUAAAUAAAUGAAUUAAAAAUUAAUGUUGGCGGGUAGACUAUAAUUCAAACUAAAGCAGAAAACGCCAAUUCAAGGACUAUAAACAUUCAAAGUUUUUGCUAUAACCAAAGUUUGCAUAAUUUCGAUGACCGGUUCAUACACACAAGAUUUCGUUAGAUAGAUACGUAGUUUUCCGAUAUAGUGCCACAGUAUUGUGAGCUGUGAGUAUUAAAAGACUGCUCACACGUUGAGUUCGUUAGUUUAGUAUUAAUCUGAGAAGAGUAGCGAGCAUUUAAUUUGUAACAAAAUGCUGCGAGUAGCAAGAAGUGCCUUCUCAAAAAUUCAGAAAUGUUCAUAUUCGUCCCUUCCUGCACCCCAGGAGAAUCCAAAUGUGUUAUAUUCGGGGAUAUUUAUUAACAACGAAUGGCACAAAGCUAAAUCCGGUAAAACCUUCCCAACUGUCAACCCUACUACAGGUGAAGUCAUAACUGAAGUCCAACAAGGUUCCAAAGAAGACAUCGACUUGGCAGUAGACGCCGCUUACGAAGCCUUCCGCUUUAAUUCUCCAUGGCGAACAAUAGACGCCUCCGAAAGAGGAGUCCUCCUCAACAAAGUAGCCAAUUUGAUGGAACGCGAUGCCGCUUACCUUGCGAGUCUCGAAACUCUCGACAACGGCAAGCCUUACCAUGUAGCCUACCCUGUCGACAUCUUGAGUAGCAUUAAAGUCUUUCGAUACAUGGCCGGUUGGGCUGACAAAAAUCAUGGAAGAACCAUUCCAAUGGAUGGUCCCUUCGUUUGCCACACCCGCCAUGAACCUGUAGGAGUAUGCGGACAAAUCAUCCCCUGGAACUUCCCGCUUUUGAUGUUGGCUUGGAAAAUAGCCCCAGCUCUUAGUAUGGGCAACACUGUGGUACUUAAACCCGCCGAACAAACCCCUCUAACCGCCUUGUACAUGGCGCAACUGAUAAAAGAGGCGGGGAUUCCCCCAGGUGUUGUCAAUAUAGUUCCCGGUUUUGGAGAUGCAGGCGCUGCGCUGGUCGCCAACCGUAAAGUUGAUAAAAUAGCGUUUACAGGAUCGACCGAAGUGGGGCUAAAAAUUCAACAAAUGUCAGGAGUGGGAAAUUUGAAGCGUACGACCCUUGAAUUGGGAGGCAAAAGCCCAAAUAUAAUUCUAGGUGAUGUGAAUAUUGCAGAGGCCGUGGAACAAGCCCACUUUGGGGUGUUCUUCAAUCAAGGCCAAGUGUGUUGUGCGGGCUCUAGAAUCUACGUUGAAGAUAAUAUUUAUAAUGAGUUUGUGGAAAGGUCCGUAGAAAGAGCAAAGAAACGCACGGUUGGCAAUCCCUUUGAUGCGAAAACCGAGCAAGGACCACAGAUUGACAAUGUCCAGAUGGAGAAGAUUCUAGGGCUUGUGAAAGAGGGUGUUAACCAAGGGGCGAAGUUAUUGGUAGGGGGGAAGCGUGUGGGAGACAAGGGCUACUUUGUGGAACCCACUGUAUUUUCGAAUGUUGACGACAACAACGUGAUUGCUAAGGAGGAGAUAUUCGGUCCCGUGCAACAACUGAUGCGCUUCAAGGAUUUGGAUGAAAUCAUCGAGCGUGCUAAUAACACAAAUUACGGAUUAGCGGCUGCCGUUUUCUCGAAAGAUAUAGACAAAGUCAAUUAUUUAGUUCAGGGGAUUAGGGCUGGCACUGUUUGGGUGAACACUUACAAUGUAUUGGGUACCCAGACACCAUUUGGAGGUUAUAAGGAUUCUGGACAUGGAAGAGAAAUGGGAAUUUAUGGUUUGAAUCAAUACACUGAAGUGAAAAGCAUUAUUACUGCAGUCCCAAAGAAGAACUCUUAAAGUAGUAUCGUGAUAACCUUCAUUGCCAUUUAAUUUUAUCGUUUAUCUACAUGUUUCAUUUUUUCAUCGUAGGUUUUAAGGUCAAGCUAUUAUAACCGUUUUGUGUUGCCAUGUGCAUGUAUCAUUCAUAUAUUGUUACUAUUUUUGUAAUUUCAAUAAACGCAUAUUUUGUGA